UAGCUUUAGGGGUCGGGCGGGCGGGGCAGCCCCGCUAAUUAAACUAGUCCAGCGCAGCGCACCACCCCCAAAACUCACUCGCCAGAUUCUCCCUCGCUCAUCAUCGGCAGCCGAGCUGCGGCACCAGCAGCUAGAGAAAGAAAGAUAGAGAGAGAAAGAGGGCGGGGAGGAUAUCAUCAUGGCACAGCAGCAGUAGCAGCAGCAGGGGGUGAGAAAAGGCCCAAACACACACACAAGAAGAGAGAGAGAGAGAGAGAGGAAGAAGGGUGGGAAAGCUUAGAAGAAGAGAGAUCCACCUCGAAGUAACCCCUCCUUCCUCUACUCCCUCCCUCCCUCCUCGGUCGUUUCCUUCCUUCCGCUGGAGUGGAGUCGAGUCUACUGGUGCUGCUGCUGUCGCCGCCGCCGCCCCGACGACGAGUGGAGUGAGCUGCAAGAAUUGCUCUGCGAGGUGAGCAGAGCAGGGGAGGAGCCGCGGCCAUGAGGGAGGAGGAGCCCAGCUGGUUCGCGCGCUGCGAGGAGCAGCUGCCGCGGCCGGACGAGCUGAUGCCGCUCUCGCAGACGCUCAUCACCCCCGAUCUCGCCGUCGCCUUCGACAUCCCGACGCACGGCGGCGGCGGGGCGGGCGGCGGCGCCGGCGGGGGUGGAGGCGCCGGCGGCAGCGGCGGCGGCGGCGCGGGCGGGCCGGACAUGAACGGCGGCGGCGCGUCGUCGGCCGCGGGCUCUAGCGGCGGGGGCGGGGGCGGCGCCGGCGACGAGCCGGCGCGGACGCUCAAGCGGCCGCGCCUCGUCUGGACGCCGCAGCUGCACAAGCGCUUCGUCGACGCCGUCGCGCACCUCGGCAUCAAGAACGCCGUGCCCAAGACCAUAAUGCAGCUGAUGAGCGUCGACGGCCUCACGCGCGAGAACGUCGCCUCCCACCUCCAGAAGUACCGCCUCUACCUCAAGCGCAUGCAGGGGCUCGGCGGCGGCGGCGGCGGGGGCGGCGGAGGGGGCGGGGGCGCGGGGGGAAGCCACUCCUCGGGCUCCGGCACCGACGCCGCCACCGAGCACCUCUUCGCUACGGGGCCCGUCCCUUUCCUCCCGCCCGGCCACCGCGCGCCCGCCGGCGCGGACCAGUACUCGCCCUUCGCCCCCAUGGGCGCCACGCACCACCACCACCACCACCAACACGCGCCGCAGAUCGGACACUUCCAACACCCCGCCGCCCGCCCGCUCGGCCCCUACGGCGCCGCGGGCGCCAGCUUCGACCACAGCUUCUUCAGCCGCGCCGGCGCGCCGCCCGUCGGCCCGCCCGGGAUGCACCACCACCGCAUGGUCGGCGCCGGCGCCGGGAUGGGGAUGAUGGCGCCCGCCCCCUUCGGCGACGAGAUGGACCUCGGAUCCCGAGGCGGCGGCGGCGGCAGCGGCCGCCGCGAGCUGACGCUGUUCCCGACGUCCGGGGACCAUUGAGGCCGCCGGGGUCCGACGGCGACGGGCAUCGGACUGCGGGCGGCCGCCUCCGCCCUCGGGUACAUAAAAUUCGUUCGCUUCCUGUUCCCCCUCUGCUGCGCAACCGCCGCUGCUUCCCACAGAUCGGCAUAGAAAUCGAGCAAGGCUCAACCACAUCUCAUAGAGUCCAAGAAUUCUUGGGAAUUAGCAAUCCAUAUCCAUCCAUGAUCCAUGUGUUCCUUCCUCGUAGCAUCCCGUCGCCCCCACCAUUGUUGCUGUUGAUGUUCGUGUAGUGCUGCUGUUUGUCAUGUUCUCCCCCUUCCAUUGUUCUUGUUGCUGAUGACAUAAAGUUAGCCUUAGAGAUGAUAUUUAGAGGGUACAACAGAAUUGUGUCUACCUGCAAUUGAGAACUUUCUCGCCUUCGCCAUCGAAGAACAUCUCAAUCCUUGCGAUUGCGCCGAGGAUCCAUGGUCGAAUUGCUCUGUUCUUGAGUGAUGCAACAACCAUUGCUUCGGAGCAGCGACGCCCCUCAAAGAAGUGAUGCAACCAUUGUGCAUUACUAGAGUUCCAUAUGGAUAUAGGCAGGGUUGAAUAACCAAUCCCAAGGAGGCACACCCUGAAGAUGAAUAAGUUUGAGGAUUAUACCGGUAUGAUAAAACUCGAUCUUGCUGUGGGAGUCAAAAUCGUCUGCGAGGACCACCAAAAUAGAGAUUCAGAGCUUAAUCUGCUCUGUCAUUUUUCUUCCUUGCACCUCCAUUGAUGGAGGUGGAGUAUAUGAUAUAUAUAUAUGUGUAGCAUGGGUUGCAAUACUGUUGUCACAUUCUGCUUCCGCCACCCCGAGAACAUUGGAGCAGCUCAAAUUGGAGUUUGUUGUAGCGAAUUGUAGCGAUCAAUCAUUUGUAUAUCUGCGCAACUUAAAAAGAGCUUCUUUGUAGCACUGAGAAAAAGACCCUUGAAUCAUGCUAGCACAGUGGAUGCUUAUGUUCUUGAA